GCGAGUAUAUAUUGAUUACACACGCGUGCCACAAGAUUACAUAUUGAAAAGAGGCAAUCAGAACAACAAUAACUGACAGAUGCUCUCUGCUCCGUAACACAUACACUCACAAAAUGACACUCUUCUUCCACUCUCUUCUCUUCCUCUUCCUUCUUCUCCUCCUCCGUAUCUCCGCCGGAUUCCCUCUCCCGCCGACGAACUACUUCAACUCAUACUUGCCGUCCGACGCCGUUGCGCUUCUCUCCUUCAAGUCCGACGCCGAUCUCGACGACAAGCUCUUGUACUCCCUCACCGAGCCUUACGACUACUGUCAAUGGCGCGGCGUCGAGUGCUCUCAGGAUCGCGUCUCUCGUCUCGUUCUCGACGGCGUCGGUCUCCGGGGACGUUUCUCUCCGGAGACUCUCAGUCGUCUUGACCAGCUCCGUGUUCUUAGCCUCGAGAACAACUCGCUCUCUGGUUCGAUUCCCGAUCUAUCCCCACUCGUCAGUCUCAGAUCCCUAAUCCUGAGCAGGAACGAUUUCUCUGGUACUAUCUCUCCUUCGAUUCUAUCGCUUCGCCGGUUAACCGUGCUCGAUCUCUCGUAUAACAGCUUCUCCGGUUCGAUUCCGUCUGAUAUCAAUUCACUGAGUCGACUCAGUUCCUUGAAUCUCGAGUUUAACCGUUUCAGCGGUAAACUCCCGCCGCUGAAUCAGUCGUAUAUGACGUUGUUUAACGUUUCCGGAAACAAACUCAACGGAGCGAUUCCCGUCACCGCGACUCUGUUACGCUUCAACGCGUCGUCGUUUUCGUCUAACCCUAGGCUUUGCGGUGAGAUCAUCGACAGAUCCUGCGGUUCACAAUCUCCGCCGUUCUUCGACUCGUCGAUACCGAACGCCACGUCAUCACCUACUUCGUCGCAAGCGCCGACUGGUCAGACGACUGAAACCGCUCAGAACGGUGAAGCAGGGAUGGAUAUUCCGCCGGCGGAUUCGUCAUCAGCGAAUAAAAAGGGUAAAAGUGGGUGGUUAGUGCUCGGUUUCACCAUUGGCCUCGCGUCGCUGAUAGUCCUCGGUCUCUGCCUCGUCGUGUUCUCUCUGGUUUUGAAGAAACGGAGAGACGAUAACGACGACGACGCGAUGAUGUUUCAACCGAAUCGCAAAGGUGAUAACAAUACUUUCACGCAACCAACAACCGAAUCUCUCACCACACGAGCCGCCGUUCCAAUCCCAAAUUCGAAUUUCAAAUCUCAGAAGCGCGAAGAGGAAACCAAAAUUCAAAUCCAAGCGACGGAGCCGCCGCAAAAGAGAAUCCCGAGAAGCGGAGAUCUGAUUUUCUGCGGCGACGUUGUAGGAGGAGGUGAAUCUGGAGAAGCCAUGUACACACUAGACCAGCUGAUGAGAGCUUCGGCGGAGCUAUUAGGAAGAGGAUCGGUAGGGACGACGUAUAAGGCGGUGAUGGUUAACCAGCUGAUCGUGACGGUGAAGAGAUUUGCUCCGUCGAAGACAGCGAUUACUAGCGAUUUGGAGUUCGAGAAUCAUAUGGAGAUUGUGGGGAAACUCAGGCAUCCGAAUCUCGUCCCGAUUAAAGCUUAUUUCCAGUCAAACGGAGAGAGACUUGUCAUCUACGAUUACCAACCUAACGGAAGUCUCUUCAAUCUUAUUCAUGGUUCAAGAACAUCAAAGGCGAAGCCAUUACAUUGGACAUCAUGUUUAAAGAUAGCAGAAGAUGUAGCUCAAGCCCUAGAUUACAUUCACCAAUCAUCUACACGAUUCCAUGGAAACGUUAAGUCCACUAACAUCCUCCUCGGUCACGACUUCGAAGCUUGUCUCACAGAUUACUGUCUCAGUGUCUUAACAGACUCCUCUGUUCCUCCCAGUGACCCUGACAUCGCUUCCUACAAAGCACCAGAGAUCAGGAAAACAACACAGAGUCCCACAUCUAAAUGCGACGUGUACUCGUUCGGAGUCUUCCUCAUAGAGCUGUUGACCGGUAAAACCGCUUCGAGGCAGCCGUUUAUGGCGGAAAAAGAUAUGUUGGAUUGGGUAAGAGCAAUGAGGCAAGAAGAGGAAAAGUCAAAGGAAGAGAAUGGGCUUGAGAUGAUGACUCAAACGGCUUGUCUUUGCCGAGUGAAAUCGCCGGAGCAAAGGCCUACGAUGAGAGAAGUGAUCAAAAUGAUUCAAGAUAUAAAGGAGAGCAUUGUGAUGACUGAAGAGAACGGGAAAUUUCAGUACUCGUAGUAGUGUCUUGAUCGAUUAUGCUUUUUGAGAAGUUUAUUUUGGGACAAGAAAAGAUAAUAUUUGAAUACUAGAAAGUGUAAAUUUUCUUAAUAUGGGAAAGGGAAAAUUUGUGAUGUUUGUUUUUAGAAAUUAGGAAAAAGAUUGAAAACGUCGUCCACGGUCCACAUGAUAGAUCUAUGUGAUAAUAAAAAAAUUAUGAAACUAAAA